AUGCAUGGACCCGAUGUGGAAUUUCCACCCAAGAAAAGAACACCUCUAAACCUGGACCUCCUUGAGCAUAUAGUUAAGUUCAUUUUCGUCAUCAUUUUAAUCACUGACACACCUGUAACUAUACCAGUCACAACUGACACACCUGUAACUAUAUCAGUCACCACUGACACACCUGUAAUUAUACCAGUCACCACUGACACACCUGUAACUAUACCAGUCACCCCUGACACACCUGUAACUAUACCAGUCACCACUGACACACCUGUAACUAUACCAGUCACCCCUGACACACCUGUAACUAUACCAGUCACCACUGACACACCUGUAACUAUACCAGUCACCCUUGACACACCUGUAACUAUAGCGGUCACCCCUGACACACCUGUAACUAUAGCGGUCACCAGUGCUAUUAUACAAUUCAGUGAAGUACAGCUGAGUCCUAAGACAUCACGACAGCAGCUGAGUCCUAAGACAACACGACAGCAGCUGAGUCCUAAGACAACACGACAGCAGCUGAGUCCUAAGACAACACGACAGCAGCUGAGUCCUAAGACAACACGACAGCAGCUGAGUCCUAAGACAACACGACAGCAGCUGAGUCCUAAGACAACACGACAGCAGCUGAGUCCUAAGACAACACGACAGCAGCUGAGUCCUAAGACAACACGACAGCAGCUGAGUCCUAAGACAACACGACAGCAGCUGAGUCCUAAGACAACACGACAGCAGCUGACUUCCAAGACAACACGACAGCAGCUGAGUCCUAAGACAACACGACAGCAGCUGAGUCCUAAGACAACACGACAGCAGCUGAGUCCUAAGACAACACGACAGCAGCUGACCCCCAGGAACACUACUGCUGACCUAAACACCACCACAACUGACCCCAAAAGCACCACAGCUGACCCCAAAAACACCACAGCUGACCCCAAAAGCACCACAGCUGACCCCAGGAACACCACCACAACUGACCCCAAGAACACCACAGUUGAACCCGAUAACACCUCCACAGCUGAACCCAAGAACCCUUUAACAUGA